CUACCUGCCACUCAGUCAAUACGCUUACUUUCCCAGCAUUUGCAUGCAGGACAAGCCAGCCCACUUAUUGCUGUUUUAUAUCGCCGGCCCUCCUUCAGGCAUCAUGGCAAAUUAAAUCAUUCUAGCCGACAGGCAAGCUCGCGACGACCUCCAAGCAGGUGCCCUUUGGAGACUCCCAAUUUCAGGCUCUGAGGCUGGAGACGAGGGAGUGAGGCAGAGAGAGAAAGGGAAAGGGGGGAAAGAACAUCUCGUAUCUCUCUCUUUUCUAUAUAUUUUUCUCCUCUGUUCUUUUUUGUCGGGUAACACUGAGUUUUAAUGCUCUCCAAAAUGGUGUCGAAGUUGACACCUCUUCAGCAGGAGCUCCUGAGCGCCUUGCUGGACUCCGGAGUUACCAAAGAUCUUCUCAUCCAGGCUCUGGAUGACAUGGACCCAUCACCAGCCGGCUUCGGAGUUAAAAUGGAAAACUUACAGAUGUCCCCGCCGGGGUCGAAAAUUAAUGGGAGCGAUUCGGACUCAAAGCCUGUGUUCCAUACACUGACCAACGGCCAUAGCAAAGGGAACAAGCUUUCGGGCGACGAGGGCUCUGAGGACGGGGACGAUUUCGAUACGCCCCCGAUCCUGAAGGAGCUCCAGGCCCUUAACACGCAGGAGGCGGUGGAGCAAAAGGCUGAAGUGGAAAGAAUGUUAUCCGAGGACCCGUGGCGCGCCGCGCGUAUGAUCAAAGCUUACAUGCAGCAGCACAACAUCCCUCAGCGCGAGGUUGUCGACGUCACCGGCCUCAACCAAUCGCACCUCUCCCAGCACCUGAACAAGGGUACGCCCAUGAAGACGCAGAAGCGCGCGGCGCUGUACACCUGGUACGUCAGGAAGCAGCGGGAGAUCCUCCGACAGUUCAACCAGGCAGUGCAAGGUUCUGGCAGCGAUUUGACAGGCAAGGGCAGUCAGGAUCAGGUCCUGUUCUUUUUCUCAGAGUUCAGUCAGUCUGGGCAGAGCCUGGGGCAGCCCGGGGACGAGGCAGCGGGCGUCGAGCCCACUUGCAAGAAAAUGCGGCGCAACCGUUUCAAGUGGGGGCCGGCGUCCCAGCAAAUCCUCUACCAGGCCUACGAGCGGCAGAAGAACCCCAGCAAGGAGGAGAGGGAGGCGCUGGUGGAGGAGUGCAACAGGGCAGAGUGCCUGCAGAGGGGUGUGUCUCCCUCCAAAGCCCACGGUCUGGGCUCCAAUCUGGUCACGGAGGUGCGUGUCUACAACUGGUUCGCCAACCGCCGCAAGGAGGAGGCAUUCCGGCAGAAGCUGGCCCUGGAUGCCUACAGCGGCACCCCCCACAACCUGAACUCCCUCCUGUCCCACAGCUCCCCCCACCAGCAGCCCAGUGCCUCCCCACCAGACAAGAUGCAAGGGGUCCGGUACAGUCAGCAGGGAGCCAGUGAGGUCACUUCCUCCACGACCAUCAAUCACCAUGGCAACAAUGCCAUGGCUACCAGCCAGUCUGUGUUACAGCAGGUGUCGCCGGGAGGACUGGACCCCGGCCAUGGCCUGCUGUCACCUGAUGCCAAGAUGAUCCCCGUGUCAGGCGGAAGCCUGCCUCCUGUCAGCACGCUGACCAACAUCCACAGCUCCCACCACCCCCACCAGCAGGCCCAGAACCUGAUCAUGCCCCUCUCCGGGGUCAUGGCUAUCGCACAGAGUCUUAACACCUCGCAGGCGCAGACCGUACCCGUCAUCAACAGUGUGACGGGCAGCCUGACUGCCCUGCAGCCAGUGCAGUUCCCGCAGCAGCUGCACAGCCCGCACCAGCAGGGUCUCAUGCAGCAGGCGCCCAGUCACAUGACCCAGCAACCCUUCAUGGCCGCUGUUACGCACUCACACAUGUACCCCCACAAACAGGAACCCCCCCAGUACUCCCAUCCCUCACGCUUCCCCUCCGCCAUGGUGGUGACAGACGCCAACAGCAUCGCUUCCCUUGGCUCCAUGUCAUCCAGCAAGCAGGAAACAGCUGUAAACAAGAUGGUGCCAUUGGGGGGUCUCUCCUGGGUAAAUACGCCGUCCGAGCGGCCCGGUUUGGCUUUGCACUGGGGCGGGGGCAUGCCUGGGAGAAAAUCAGCACCACCUUCUGUUUUAGGGUGAUUUCACCCAGUGACUCUCAAUCUCUCACUGUCACCUGCUGAAGGCCACCACAAUCGCAGAAUAUCACCUGCACUGCCGCCGGCACCUGACCAAAUGUCAUGCCUUCUGGGUCAUUUAAUUUCCCAUAAUUCCAUGGGACGUCAUUGUGCAGAUGAGAUAAACCCCAGAUUGCUUUGAUGCCAGUCUGUUCUCGUCCCACAGAUAACCUUGAUUUGAGGUGCAGCUCUCAUUCAGUCUGUAAUAGAUCACUGAAAGGAUUGCUGGUGGUUACCGUACAUGCCAAUGCGAUGCAUUAUGGGAAAUAAUGCAUGUAAGGGCGCUCUGUUAUCAGGCUGCCUCGGCCAAUCGGUGGUCGACUCUCCUAGGCAGUGCAAUGGCUCAGACUGUCCCUACUCAUUUGCUCCCUCCCUCAGGUUCAGGUGCCCCCCCCCCACUGGAGUUGCCCCUGCCUUUGCUUGCCUGCUACGGACUUUGGGGGGGGGGCUGCAGGCAGUGGGAAUGUAGGCCUUUCCCUCAUUCUACCACCUCUUCCCAAGGCACUGUUCCCUGUGACUUUCACACCCGCAGUUUCCCACACUGCACCUGUGUUCUUACGGGCACCUGCAAUUGUCACCUUAGCCAGACCCCCCCCCCCUCCCAGCGCCCUCCUGUCCUCUGAGACUCCUGCCACUGAGAGGAUGAUGGGUAGUCAAAUGUAAAAGCAGGUGUCAGCCAAACCUCAGCUCCUGAAUCGCUGGGCGAACGCGGCAAGUAGCGCUGAAGGGGCUACUGAAGCGUGCCGGGUGGCUGUGGGUGUGAGGCGUGCCCCCUACCCCCCGCUGAGUGGGCAUAUUUGCCCGUGGGUCCUCCUGGUCUUAUCAGGCUGUGUAUUUGGCCUGGGUGGUGCAGAUUCAGGGGGAGGCCGCGCUUGCAGACGGCUCCUCCUUUAUUACCUGCUUGUUUGCUGAGACCACCUGCUCACUGAUGCCCCCCCCCCCCCCACCGCCAGUCAGAGACUUACCUAAUGACAGCUGGUCGCCCACCUUUAUCAGGUGGGGCUGUUUGCUGGCCUGUAGGUCAGCACAGGGUCAGCUGCCCUACACCCACCCCGUGAGUCGAAAAAAAGCAGGCGAAGAUCAGAAAGAAUUUCAGUGGAAACACGGGCCUUUCAUUACAAGGAAGGGAGUGUAUUUGGUCAGGUGUGGCAUGUGGUUUAUGGCCAAUAGAUCCGCCGUGGCCUCUGCGCCCAAUCCGUCACGCGCCGAACUGGAAUGAGACCUUUCCCCGGAGUGAUUCCGCAGCUGUGAUUAUUGGCCGCCGAUUUGCCAGCACUGCGGCGUCUCGAUUGCCGUUGGUGGCCUGUUUCCUGUUUUUGACUCCCUCCUGUCCUCUCUUCUCGCAGUGUCCUCUGCAAGCCUGGUGACCACACAUACCUGACUUCCUCGGCGCCAGGCAAUGGGAAUGCGCCCCUCCCCAACCCCCCCACCCCCUCUCGCCACGGCGACCAUGCCAGCUUCUGAUGACCGACUUUCUGGACAUUGAGGAGCGGUGGUCUGGCGCUAAAGACCACUAAGGGCCUAGCAGGUGUCGCCACAUGGGAUGAAGAACAAGAUGGCUGAACGAGCCAAAGGAAUGGGACACUGCAGGGCUUCCUGCGGAGCGUGGGCUUAGGACGCAGCCGCUGCUCUCGGAGGCGUUUCCAGAGGAAAACAGUAUUUUUAUUUUCUAUCCUGCAAACGGAAGAAGGAGAGUGACCCUUCUUAUGCUAUCUGUGUUAGAGAUAUUUAGAACAAGGUGAAUAGUCAGAUUAGGCAGGAGAUGUGUGGGUGCAUGUGCAUGUCCAUCCCGAGGCGGGUGGGAUGGGCAGGCAGGGGGGGACACCCCAGAUGGGUGGUGGGGCUCCCAUCCGAGCUGGCUGUCUCAGAGCCAUCGCCAUCAGUGAGACUCCAGGGGGAGGAAACCUUGUGAGCGUAUGACAAUCAGUAACCUGCCCCCAUCACCGUGGGUCACAUGACUGGAGGAUGACCUCAGCAGCUUCCCCUUUCCUGUUCAGUUGUACCGAGUCUUCCAUGUGACUUUCUAUAUGCGUCCAUACCUUUGAAAGUGACCCUGGCAAGAAAUGCCCACCGGCCCCAAAUCUGGAUGUUUCUGGCACUUUGCGUGAUGGAAAAAGAUCUAUCUGAAGAGCGUGUGUGACCAAUCAGUGAAGGUGCCGUCGUGGGGUGACAGAUCUGAACCUGAAUGUCACUGGUCACGCUAAGAUGUCCCUCCCCCCUUCAUCCCUUUAGGGUUUUUAUCAGUUUAAGUUUUUCCGGCGUGUAAAGAGAUGAAGAUUCGUAAGUGAAGGUGAAGAGGUGAUUCUUGGCGGAUGAACGCAUCGAGAAUCACUAAAGAGACCCGGCUGAGAUCGGAGAGCGUGGCCCCACACCAGCGUCCUCAAGGCCAAUCCUGCGAUUAGGGGGUGCGGCCCACAGUUUCAGGCGGCCAUGGCUGGAUCAAACCCACUCGGGGCCGUGAGCAGCCUGUGGGCUGAUCUGUAGAUGGCCCUUUUAAUUUCCAGCUGCGCGAGUCGUCGUCUCGCUCCGUAGCAACACAAACAUUCGGCUAUUUCCAAGCAAAACAGUAAUUAUCAGGACGUAAUAUGCUGGGGGGGGCGAGAGAUGAAAGGGCAGCGAUGGGUCCCGAUGAGUCUGAGAAAUGCCCCCCACCCCCCCAGCACCCCCGCAUUAACAAACAGUCUCGUAUUCAACCUCUAAAUACCAGGAACCCUUAGGUGGAAAAAGGAGGCAGAGGAGGUUGGUUUAAGGGGCUUUCUGAAGGUGUAUUUGUUCACCUGUUAUGGGGGGGGGGGCAUGUCAUGCUGCAGAAAUUCCUGCGGGUUAUAAAUAAAGGGCUAGUUAUAGGUUCAGGCAUAAAUUGUCCCUCACGUCUGACUCCAGCAUCCUCACGUCGUCUUCUCGGCGACCAAACGUCGCUCUUACAAAAAGGUCACGGAGCUUUUCCUGCCAUCCUCAUUUAUCUGUGAAGACCUGCCAUCUGAUUGGGGUGGGGGCGGGCUACCGGGUUAUACCGUAGAUGGAAAAACACCACAAAUGAUUAUGUCUUUGAUGUAUUAUUUUUGUAUAAAAAUGGAAAUCAAACUUUUAAAAUCAUUAUUUAUACUUUGUUGUAAAGUCAUUGUUUCAAGUAAAACUUUUUUUUUCCAAAUAA